AUCAAUGUUUCUGGUCAGUAAUUGUUGUCCUUCGCGCCAAGUUACCUUAUUUUGGAUUCCUCUCGAAAAAAACACUGAAAAUCACCCCCUAGUUGGCGGUUUUUGGUCGUCAUGAGACGUUAAGAAGCAGCAGAGCCCCGGGAAGAUGAAGGCGAUACUCAAAUAUAUUGAAGUUGAGAACUUUAAGUCAUAUCGAGGGUUCUAUCAUGUCGGGCCACUCAAACCUUUCACUGCUGUUAUUGGUCCUAAUGGAUCAGGGAAAUCAAAUUUCAUGGACGCCAUCUCCUUUGUCAUGGGUGAGAAGACCUCAAGUUUACGAGUCAAACGACUGAGUGAUCUCAUCCAUGGUGCCUCCAUUGGCCAGCCUAUAUCUCGCUCGGCCCAUGUAACGGCAGUCUUUGAAAUGGAAGAUGGCAAGGAAAAGAGAUUCACUCGUUUGGUUCAGGGUUCUUCCUCAGACCAUAAAAUCAAUGGAGAGGUUGUGAGCAGUCAAACAUACAUGAAGGAACUUGAAGCCUUGGGGAUCAAUGUCAAAGGGAAAAAUUUUUUGGUUUUCCAAGGAGCAGUGGAGUCCAUAGCCAUGAAGAACCCAAAGGAAAGAACAGCUCUCUUUGAGGAACUUAGUGGGUCUGGGGCACUAAAGGAAGAAUACGACCGCUUGAAAACAGAGAUGUUGAAGGCUGAGGAGGAUACACAGUUCACCUAUCAGAAGAAGAAAGGAAUUGCCGCUGAGCGAAAGGAAGCUAAACAAGAGAAGGAGGAAGCGGAGAGAUACCAGAGGCUCAAAGAUGAGUUGGGAGAGAAGCAAAUGGAAAUGCAGCUGUUCAGAUUAUACCACAAUGAAAAAGAGAUUGCUGAGUUUAAGAAGGAGUCACGGAGAAAGCAGGCGGACCUGGAGAAAGUGGAGAAGAAGAAAGAAAAGGCAGAAGAAGUCUUGAAAGAGAAGAAGAAAGAACACACUCGAGUAUCCAGGGAAAUGGCUAAAAUGGAGCAGGACAUUAGAGAACUAGAAUCAGAUGUCAACAAAAAACGACCAACGUUCAUAAAGGCUAAAGAGAGAGUAACUCACAUGCAAAAAAAGGCUGAUUCAGCUCGCAAGUCACUCGCACAAGCCAUAAAAGCUCACAAUGCUCACAUGGAUGACAUCAGAGAGCUGGAGAGUGAACUGCAGGAGGUUGAGAAGAAAAGAGCUGAGUUUGAAGACCAAGUCUCACAGGAUUCGGAGAGCCAAGGUAAAAGUGUGCAACUAGAAGAGGUGCAAGUCAAAGAGUAUCAUAAACUUAAGAAUGCAGCAGCCCGCAAAUCUGCCCAGUACCUGCAGGAGCUGGACUCCAUCAACCGUGAGCAGAAGUCGGAUCAAGACCGUCUGGAUAAUGCCCAGCGACGCACAGCUGAAAUAGAGAACCGACUGCGACAAAAAGGUCACGAGCUGGAUGAGGCACAGAAGAGGGUAGAGAAGUUAAUGGAGCACAUCCGUCAGUCUGAAGCAUCGCUGGAAGAUCAGAAGAGGUUAAGACAGGAAUUGGUAUCAGAUGUUGGGUACAGCAAGGAGAGAAUCACGCAGCUUCAAGAACAGCUGGAAAACGUGACAGAACAGUUGGGAGAUGCACGGGUCGACAAGCAUGAAGAUUCUCGGCGAAAAAAGAAGCAGGAAAUUGUGGAGAAUUUCAAGCAGCUCUACUCUGGGGUAUAUGAUCGUAUGAUCAACAUGUGUCAACCUAUUCACAAGAGAUAUAAUGUAGCCAUCACAAAGGUCCUUGGCAAGUAUAUGGAGGCCAUAGUUGUUGACACAGAGAAGACAGCGCGGCAGUGCGUACAGUACCUGAAGGACCAGAUGCUUGACCCAGAGACAUUCCUUCCUCUGGAUUACAUUCAAGCCAAGCCUCUGAAGGAAAGGCUAAGGAAUAUAAAAGACCCAAGAAAUGUCAAACUCCUUUAUGAUGUUUUGCAGUACGACCCACCGGAGAUCAAGCGAGCUGUUUUGUUUGCCACAAAUAAUGCACUGGUCUGUGAAACCCCUGAAGAUGCCUCAAAGGUGGCAUAUGAGAUGGAGGAUGGACACAGAUAUGAUGCUGUUGCUCUGGAUGGUACGUUCUUCUCCAAAUCUGGCAUUAUCUCUGGGGGUAGUUUGGAUUUGGCAAGAAAAGCCAAGAGAUGGGAUGAAAAGCAUCUGUCUAACCUAAAGUCCUCUAAGGAGAAGUUAUCUGAGGAAUUAAGAGAAGCCAUGAAGAAGUCACGAAAGGAGUCCGAGCUUAACACAGUCGAAUCUCAGGUCCGUGGCAUUGAAACUCGACUGAAGUAUUCAAAAACUGACAAGGAGACUACAGAGAAGCAGAUUGCACAGUUACAGAAAGAAUUGGACAAACAUAAAGCUGAGCUGAAUACCUUUGAGCCACAGCUACAUGACAUAGAGAAAACCAUGUCAGAACGUGAGGCUCUCAUGAGUGACGUCAAGGAGAAGAUGAACACCGUAGAAGACGUUGUUUUUGCCGAAUUUUGUAAAUCCAUCGGGGUUUCAAAUAUUCGUCAGUACGAAGAGAGGGAGUUGCAGGCACAGACUGACCGUGCCAACCGUCGCUUAGAAUUUGAGAAACAAAAGAACCGUAUAUUAAACCAGUUAGAAUUUGAAAAAUCACGAGACACGCAGAGCAAUGUGGCAAGAUGGGAGCGUGCUGUGCAGGAUGAUGAGGAUGCUCUGGAGCAGGCCAAACAGGCAGAGCUGAAGCAGAUGGGAGAGAUUGACAAAUCUAUGAGAGAUCUGGAGAAGAAGCGAUCUGAGAAAUUAGCUAAGAAAUCAGAAUGUGAUGAGAUGGAUGAUGAGAUUGGUAAGGCUCGUCGAGAAGUGGGAGCCAUUGCUAAGGACAUACAAAGUAUUCAGAAACAAAUCAAUUCCAUUGAGCACAAGACAGAACAAAAGAAAGGGGAAAGACACUCGAUUUUGAAGCAGUGCAAGAUGGAUGACAUCUUGGUGCCCAUGACUCGAGGAAACAUGGAAGACAUCGAGAACGAAGGGCGGGAAUCAGGAGAGUCCACAUUGGAGUACUCCUCUGGACUCAACACUCAGGUGAUGUAUGAGAAGGAGGCACGUAUUGUGUUGGACUAUUCAUCUCUCUCCGAGAACCAGAAGGAACUGGACGAUUCAGAAGAUGUACAUAAAGCUGAAAAGCGCAUGCAAAAGCACAUCAAUGAGCUCAUGAACACCAUACAACGUAUUCAGGCACCCAACAUGAAGGCAAUGCAAAAGCUGGACCUGGCAAGAGAAAAACUUCAAGAAACUAAUUCUGAAUUUGACAGUGCUCGCAAACGUGCCAAGAAGGCCAAGCAGGCAUUUGAGAGAGCAAAGAAAGAGCGAUAUGACCGAUUCAUGUCAUUCUUCGAACAUGUAUCCAAUGAAAUUGAUGGCAUUUACAAGGCACUAGCCAAAAAUCCCUCUGCACAAGCAUUUUUGGGACCUGAGAAUCCAGAAGAACCUUACCUUGAUGGCAUCAACUACAACUGUGUUGCUCCAGGCAAGAGGUUCCAACCUAUGUCAAAUUUAUCUGGUGGAGAGAAGACCAUAGCUGCUUUGGCACUUCUCUUUGGCAUCCACAGCUAUCAGCCUGCUCCGUUUUUUGUCUUGGAUGAGAUUGAUGCAGCCUUAGAUAACACCAACAUUGGCAAGGUUGCAUCAUAUAUUGUGGAGAUGAAGGCACACUUGCAGACUAUUGUCAUCUCUCUGAAAGAAGAGUUUUACCAGAAUGCUGAUGCUCUUGUUGGAAUUUGUCCUGAUCCUGGUGAGUGUCUGAUCAGCAAAGUGCUCACACUAGACUUGGAGAAUUAUCCAGUCCAUAGAACCGACGAUCACAGUGGACCCUUCGGUUCUCAGCAAUGAGGAUAGACGGGAAUCCACGACUGCCAAUCACCGGUGAUAAUGACUGUUGGUUAUUCAUCCAGUGCAGUGUUGCAGGAGAGGCUGGACACCAGAUUUAACAGCAAACUUCUGACUGAUUGUCUGAAGACUUCUCAAUUGUACAAAUGUUCAAUAGUUAGAUGUGUUCAUUGAUUUAGUUGAUGUCAUUGGAUAAAAUGACUGUUACAGGUUGAACAGUAUGCAGAUUUUAUUUUCUUUGGUUGGCUCAAAGACUCCUGCCAUUGAUUGAUAUAAUUGUUCACUACAUCUAUAUGACAAAGUAAUGUAGUACAGUGUAUUGUAAGAUAUACAUUCUGGUCACAUAACAUCAUUAUUUAGUUAUUAAUAGUUUAUUAGCAUCAUUACAUAAAACUUUUCAAAAGUAAUAGAUUCUCCUAUGCUAGAGUACAUUUAGCCCAGUAAUGGUUUAAAAGCCUACAUUAUGGAAGUACAAGGUAACUUUGAUUCUUGCUUCACUGCCCAUAGAGACCAUAUUAAUCUGAUUUAUUAAUGACAAAAAAGUUCAUGGCAAUUUAGGAAAUAUUUUGGUGUCGGUAUUCAUGGAGAGUAUUGUGUCAGGAGAAUAUGUAAAGGUUGACAUGUUAAGAAAAUUACAAACUAAAUAUAUUUGUCUUGUCAUUUAUUUUAAACUGUUAAGAUUUUAAUAAAAGCAUUUAAAAUUA